CCAAACCCCAUAUCUCCACCACCGUCAACCACCGCCUUCCUCCUCCACCACCAUGGCCACGUCAGCACCCCAAACCCUCCGCACCUCAUUUCUCCGCAACCCUACCUCCUCUCUCUCUCUCUCCUCCAAGAACCCCCUCGCCUUCUCCCUCCCCUCCCGCCGCCGCCUCGCACCGCCGAGACUAGUCGUCGUCCUCUCCGCCGCGAGUCUCGACGCCAAGCCCACCGUCCUCGUCGCCGAGAAGCUCGGCGAGGCCGGGCUCGACCUGUUAAAGGAGUUCGCCAACGUCGACUGCUCCUAUAACCUCAGCCCCGAGGAGCUCUGCACUAAGAUCUCACUCUGCGACGCGUUGAUCGUCCGGAGCGGGACCAAGGUCAACCGCGAGGUGUUCGAGUCCUCCGGCGGGAGGCUGAAGGUCGUCGGAAGAGCCGGGGUUGGGAUCGAUAAUGUGGAUCUGAGCGCCGCCACUGAGUUUGGUUGUUUAGUUGUGAAUGCACCGACUGCCAACACCGUCGCCGCCGCCGAGCACGGCAUCGCUCUCCUCACCGCCAUGGCUCGAAACGUUGCUCAGGCCGACGCCUCCGUCAAAGCUGGUAAAUGGCAGCGGAACAAGUACGUCGGAGUUUCGCUGGUUGGGAAGACACUGGCUGUGAUGGGAUUUGGUAAGGUUGGAUCUGAAGUGGCGCGUCGAGCUAAGGGGCUUGGGAUGCAUGUGAUUGCACACGACCCUUAUGCUCCGGCCGAUCGUGCUCGUGCCAUUGGUGUGGAGCUUGUCAGCUUCGACGAGGCGCUGGCCACUGCCGACUUCAUCUCCCUGCACAUGCCUCUCACUGCUGCUACUAACAAGGUGCUCAACGACGAGACGUUUGCGAAGAUGAAGAAGGGAGUGAGGAUUGUGAAUGUGGCUCGCGGUGGAGUUAUCGAUGAGGAUGCGCUGGUCAAGGCUCUUGAUUCUGGAAUUGUUGCGCAGGCUGCGCUUGAUGUGUUCACUGUGGAGCCGCCGCCACAGGGUAACAAGUUGGUGUUGCACGAGAGAGUUACUGCCACCCCUCAUCUUGGUGCUAGUACCAUGGAAGCACAGGAAGGAGUGGCCAUUGAAAUUGCCGAAGCUGUCGUUGGAGCCUUGAAAGGGGAGCUUGCUGCCACUGCAGUCAAUGCACCAAUGGUUCCGGCUGAGGUGUUGAUGGAACUGAAGCCUUAUGUCGAACUUGCCGAGAAACUGGGGAGACUGGCUGUCCAGUUAGUGGCAGGAGGCAGUGGUGUGAAGAACGUAAAGGUUUCAUAUGCCUCAGCUAGAGCUCCUGAUGACCUUGAUACCAGACUUCUUCGGGCCAUGAUUACCAAGGGUCUCAUUGAGCCAAUAUCCAGUGUUUUUGUGAAUCUGGUCAAUGCUGAUUUCACUGCUAAACAGAGAGGACUGAGGAUAACAGAAGAGCGGACCAUUCUAGAUGGUUCACCUGAGAAUCCUCUGGACACUAUCCAAGUUCAGAUUGCCAAUGUGGAAUCCAAAUUUGCCAGCGCCAUAUCAGACAGUGGGGAGAUAAAGGUGGAGGGUCGUGUUAAGGAUGGGGUUCCCCACUUGACAAGGGUUGGAUCAUUUGAAGUUGAUGUGAGCUUGGAAGGUAGCAUUAUACUCUGCAGACAGGUUGAUCAGCCGGGUAUGAUAGGAUUGGUUGGGAGCAUUUUAGGAGAGGAGAACGUGAAUGUUAGUUUCAUGAGUGUCGGAAGAAUUGCCCCAAGAAAGCAGGCUGUGAUGGCAAUUGGUGUGGAUGACCAACCCAGCAAGCAAUCUUUGAAAAGGAUCGGGGAUGUUCCAGCCAUUGAAGAGUUUGUUUUCCUCAAGUUGUAGUGUGACGUUAUAUUCUGCACCUUGUUUCAUUAUGUCUCUCUUAUUUUGCUCCCCAAUUUUGUAGUCCUUGUUUCAUUAUGUCUUC